UAGUUCUCCUUCCCAUCUACCCCCUGUCCCUCCUUUUCCACCUCGUCAUUCCCAGAGGUCUUCCCCCUGGCUGAGUUGGAGGGUCUUCGCCCCCUCACCCCGGACCCCCGAGACUGCCCAGCUUGCCUCUCCAUCCCUGCUCUUGGCACCAUGGCCCGGAGCCAGCCACCCUUCCCUCCCCCACUGCUGGGGCCGUCCCAGGGUUCCUGAGCUCGGCCGCUCCUUCUGGGUGUCACUGGCAGUCCUGUCCUUCCUAGUGAGACUGGCACCAAGUUUUCCCCGAGGCUGGAGGAGGGGGUGUGUGUGUGUCCGUCCGGAGGGGGCAUCCUGAGACACCACCGGCCCCACGGCGGGGUUCCAGGAGCGCCAACAGUGCCCCUUACUGGCUCUCCUCCUCCUUUUUUUAUUCUCAAGUUCCUUUUUAUUUCUCCCUUGCGUAACACUCUUCUUCCCUUCUGUACCCCCACCCUCCCCACCACCUCCCGGCCACCCCACUCCAGAGGCCGCAGCCUCCGGCGGGGUCCCCGGCUCAUGCCAGCCUCAUCUCCUUCCUUGCUAGCCCCCAAAGGGCCCCCGGGAGACAUGGGGGGCUCGGCCCGAGAGCCAGCACUCUCAGUCGCCCUCUGGUUGAGUUGGGGGGCAGCUCUGGGGGCCGUGGCUUGUGCCGUGGCUCUGCUGACCCAACAAACAGAGCUGCAAAGUCUAAGGAGAGAGGUGGCGCGGUUGCAGAGGGCCGGAGGGCCUUCCGAGAAGGAGGAGGGGCAUCCGUGGCUGAGCCUCCGGGAGCAGAGCCCCAACGCCCUGGAAGCCUGGGAGAAUGGGGAGAGAUCCCGGAGGAAGAGAGCAGCGCUCAUGCAUAAGCAUAAGCAGAAGAAGAAGCACUCCGUUCUGCACCUGGUUCCCAUCAACAUCACCUCCAAGGAGGACUCCGAUGUGACAGAGGUGAUGUGGCAACCGGCCCUUAAGCGUGGGAGAGGUCUGGAGGCCCAAGGAUAUGUUGUGCGAGUCUGGGACGCUGGAGUUUAUCUGCUGUACAGUCAGGUCCUGUUCCAUGAUGUGACUUUCACCAUGGGUCAGGUGGUGUCUCGGGAGGGCCAGGGAAGGCAGGAGACUCUCUUCCGAUGUGUCCGAAGCAUGCCCUCCAACCCGGACUGGGCCUACAACAGCUGCUACAGCGCAGGUGUCUUCCAUCUGCACCAAGGGGAUGCUCUGAGUGUCACAAUACCCCGGGGAAGGGCAAAGCUCAGCCUGUCUCCGCACGGAACCUUCCUGGGGCUUGUGAAACUGUGAUUACAAUACGGACGGUGGUUUUGAGCUCGGAAGAUGACGGUGGGCGCGAACUGGAGACAGCCGAGAGAGAAUAGGGGCAGCGGCCUCUCCUGGGUUUGACGGUCACCGAUCUCCGCCCCCUCCUUUUCCUGUCCCACCCCCAACCCGUAGACUUUGAUUCCGUGGCUAUUAAAGAGGUGUGAUACCGUG